AUGUUUUUUGAUCAUUUCAAGAAAAAUGAUCCUUGGGGUGUGAUGAUUUAUGAAGAUCACUUAGCCUUCAAUCAAAGUUCUGAAUGGAUGUUUAGCAAGGUCAAUUAUUCAUAUUAUAUAUGUUUGGAUGGCCGAUCAUUUUGCCUUUAUCCAUCAAGUAAUGGUUUGCUCUCAGAUACGUCAUUGUCUUUGACGUCAUAUAAAACAACCGCCGGACAAGCAUCUGUUCUAAAUGUUCAUUCCAAAAUUCCUGCAAAAAUGGUCGGUAAUCAACAGUCUUCUAGUUCACCGGAUAGAUAUGAUAAGCAUAAUGAAGUAAUAUCAAGACCGAAUGGUCGAUCCGUCAAAUCAAACGUGAAUAGUGUCUCUCAUGAAUAUUUUUCAAAUAAAAACCAGCUACUUAUGGAGAAAACAAUGGAAUUUACUUUCUCUGGGCCGAUCCGAUCUUUAGCGCUGUUCAUCUCUUUCAGUGAAAAUGUGACAAACGAAUGGUCCGCUAAGGAAUUCCACAGAUUUGGGUUUCAUUCAAUAUUCAAAUCAUUUAACAUUGCUGAUCAUACCAAAGCGUAUGAAUUUAUCCUUGAUUGUGCAGUAAACUGUUGGGCCAACAUGUGGAAAAUUGUUGUUAUGGUGUCAUCAGACCUCAAAAUUGAUAAAAAAGAAAUUUGUGAAUUUGUUAAAAAAAUUCGUAAAGUCUUUGACAGACUUACCUUGGAUGUUAUAGUCAUUCGUUUAUGCUGUGAGUCAAAUUUUCAAUCACAUUUAAAAUGGAGAAUUAAUAAAGAUAAGUCAUUCGUCGUUGUGGUUUAUGAAAAAGACACGAUUAAAGAAUCUUUUGAAGUCUUAUUAUACGAAAUAUGUAGAGCUCAGCAGUCAACCGAAAGAUCUUACAUUAAUUUUUAUAGCAAGUGCGAUCCAUACUAUGAAUUUACUAAUUUUUUUCCGGUUCCUGUUAUAAUUGAUGGUGUCAAAUGGCCAACAGCAGAAAAUUAUUUCCAAGCUAAAAAGUUUAAAUAUCAAGAAAUUUGUAAUGAAAUUCGAGAAGCACAGUCUGCCAGAGAGGCAUUCAAUAUCGGUCGAUGCUAUGACCGUUAUAAACGUCAUGAUUGGGAGCAUAAGAUACCAAAUACAAGAGAAAUUUUUAAAGAAAAUGUGAUGCGAACCGCAUUAAUGGCCAAAUUUGGCCAACAUGAGCACUUAAAAUACUUGUUACUGUCAACUGGAAAUAUUCCAUUUUUCGAGCACACAAAAAAUGAUUCAUAUUGGGGCGACGGAGGUGAUUUUGGGGGAGGACAGAAUAAAUUAGGAAUACUUUUACGAGAAGUGAGAGAAUUUUAUAUGUUAAAAGAAGUUCAAAAGAUUGCGAGUAAGUAUGAGAGGAAUUAUGAAAAGUGGAUCGUAGAAGAACUGCAUGAAUUGCAACAAUUUGAAUAG